AUGGCAGCGAGUAGUCAAGCCCAGUUAUAUGAUCACAAGCAGUCGAUCGAUAUUACUCAGCCACCGACUGAUUCUAUCAGUGCUCUGGAAUUCAAUCCAACCCAAGACAUUAUCGCUGCUUCAUCAUGGGACAAUAUGAUUCGAUUAUGGCAAGUGGAUACAAACUCGGGCCAAAGUAUGGCUAGACAUGCUUAUGGUCAUGAUCAACCUGUACUCGAUAUCUCUUGGGCAAAGGACGGUACAAAGCUCUUCUCAGCUGGUGCAGAUAAGAUGGGAAAGGUCCUGGAUAUGAAUACAUUGCAGGCUGUUCAAUUCGCUCAACAUGAUGCGCCCAUCAAAUGUGUCAAGGCUUUGGAUAAUCAAUGUAUAAUCACUGGAAGUUGGGACAAGACUUUACGAGUCUGGGACUUGAGACAACAAACACCUGCGAUGGUCAUGAAUGUACCAGAACGUAUAUAUGCUAUGGAUGUCGUGUCGAAUUUAUUAGUUGUUGGCACAGCAGAACGCGGUAUCGUCAUCUACAAUCUUCAAAAUCCACAGCAACCAUUCAAGAGUAUGAUUUCACCACUGAAAUGGCAAACACGAUGCCUUGCCGCAUUUCCUGAUGGAAAAGGAUUUGCAAUCGGAAGCAUCGAAGGUCGAGUUGGUAUUCAAUACGUUGAAGACAAGGACUCGAGUUUGAACUUUUCAUUCAAAUGUCAUCGUGGCAACAACAAUGAUGUAUAUGCCGUCAACGAGAUCUCCUUCCAUCCUGUUCAUGGUACAUUCAGUACAGCAGGCUCAGAUGGAACAUUCAACUUUUGGGACAAGGACUCCAAACAAAGGUUGAAAACAUCAACAGCAAUAAAUGACCCAGCUCAACCCAAUGUCCUCUGUCCCAUCCCAGCAACCUCAUUCAAUCGUGAUGGACGUAUCUUUGCUUACGCUGCAUCAUAUGACUGGUCUCGUGGUUAUGAACACUCGAGACAAGGCCAGAGGCAUCGCAUCUUGCUGUAUGCUGUCAAGGAUGAUGAUGUCAAGCAACGUAAUCAAAAGAAACCCGCUGGUCGAUAA